CCUCGCCUCCGCCGCCCCGGCGGCUCCGCGCAGCGCCCGCGCAGCGGGUCGGCAUCUUCAUGGGCUGCCACCAUGCUUGGGCCCUGGAGAUUUCGGGCGAAGCUAGUUUUGCAGAACAUUGGGAAUAAGCGCUAUGUCAGAUAUGGAUGAGACUCCGAAGAUGACCUGCAUGUUUUACAUUUUUCACAAAUUUUGGGAAAUAAAAUGUAUGCUUGCUGCUCUACAGUAACUUUGGAACAGGACCUCAACAAAAAAAUGCAUAUCUGGAUGCUGCAGACGAUCGCAUUUGCUUUAACAUCACUAGUCCUUUCCUGGGCAGAAAGCAUCGAGUAUUAUGGGGAAAUCUGUGAUAAUGCGUGUCCUUGUGAGGAAAAGGACAGCAUCUUAACAGUGAGCUGUGAAAACAGAGGGAUCAUCAGCCUUUUUGAGAUCAGUCCACCAAGGUUCCCUGUUUACCACCUCUUGUUGUCUGGGAACCUUUUGAACAGGCUGUACCCAAACCAGUUUGUCAAUUACACCGGGGCUUCAAUUUUGCAUCUGGGGAGCAAUGACAUACAAGACAUCGAAACUGGGGCCUUUCAUGGUCUGAGAGGUUUAAGGAGGCUGCACUUGAACAAUAACAAGUUGGAACUUUUACGGGAUGACACUUUCCUUGGGCUAGAGAGUUUGGAAUAUCUACAGGUCGAUUAUAAUUAUAUUAGCGUUAUUGAACCCAAUGCCUUCAGCAAACUGCAUUUGUUGCAGGUGCUGAUUCUCAAUGAUAACCUCCUCUCCAGUUUGCCCAACAACCUUUUCCGUUUUGUGCCCUUAACUCACUUGGACCUGAGGGGUAACCGGCUGAAGCUGUUGCCCUAUGUGGGCCUCCUGCAGCACAUGGAUAAAGUGGUGGAGCUGCAGCUGGAGGAAAACCCCUGGAAUUGCUCUUGUGAGUUGAUUGCUCUAAAGGAUUGGCUGGACAGUAUCUCAUACUCUGCUCUGGUGGGAGAUGUGGUUUGUGAGACCCCUUUCCGCUUACAUGGUCGAGACUUGGAUGAAGUCUCUAAGCAGGAGCUUUGCCCCAGGAGGCUCAUCUCGGAUUAUGAAAUGAGACCUCAGACACCGUUGAGCACUACAGGGUAUUUCCACACCACCCCGGCCUCAGUCAAUUCUGUGGCCACUUCUUCUUCAGCUGUUUACAAAUCUCCCUUGAAGCCCCCCAAAGGGACCCGCCAACCCAACAAGACAAGGGUGCGCCCCACCUCCCGCCUGCCCUCAAAAGACCUGGGAUACAGCAACUAUGGCCCCAGCAUUGCCUACCAGACCAAAUCCCCGGUGCCUUUGGAGUGCCCCACUGCCUGCACUUGCAACUUGCAGAUUUCUGACCUGGGCCUCAAUGUCAAUUGUCAGGAGAGGAAGAUUGAGAGCAUUUCUGAACUGCAGCCCAAACCCUAUAAUCCCAAGAAGAUGUAUUUGACGGAAAACUACAUUGCGCUGGUACGCAGGGCAGAUUUUGUGGAUGCCACUGGGCUGGAUUUGCUGCAUCUGGGCAAUAAUCGGAUCUCGGUCAUUCAGGACCGGGCUUUUGGGGAUUUAACUAAUUUGCGAAGGCUGUACCUGAAUGGGAACCGGAUCGAACGGCUGAGCCCAGAGCUGUUCUAUGGGCUGCAAAGCCUUCAAUACCUCUUCCUGCAGUACAACGUCAUCCGGGAGAUAGAGGCAGGCACCUUUGAAUCUGUCCCCAACCUUCAGCUCUUGUUUUUGAACAACAAUCUGCUGAGGUCUUUGCCAGGGAACAUUUUUUCUGGUCUGUCUCUCUACAGGCUGAGCCUGCGGAGCAACCACUUCUCCUACCUGCCAGUGAGCGGGGUGCUGGACCAGCUGAAAUCCUUGCUGCAGAUCGACCUGCACGAGAACCCCUGGGACUGCACCUGCGACGUGGUGGGCAUGAAGCUGUGGCUGGAACAGCUCAACACCGGUGUCCUGGUGGACCAGGUUAUCUGCGAGUCCCCUAAGAAGUUUGCCCAGAGCGACAUGCGGGCCGUCCGCGCGGAGCUGCUGUGCCCCGACUACUCGGACAUCGUCGUCUCCACGCCCACCCCGUCCCCGGGCCAGCUGCCGGCCAGGACCACCCCUUCCUCCUCCACCGUGCGCCUCAAUGGCACGGCGGCGGCGGGCGGCUCCGCGCCCGCGGGCGGCGCCGGCGGCGGCGGCUCCUCGGUGCCGCUCUCGGUGCUGAUCCUCAGCCUGCUGCUCGUCUUCAUCAUGUCCGUCUUCGUGGCGGCGGGGCUCUUUGUCCUGGUGAUGAAGCGGCGCAAGAAGGGCCAGGGCGACCACGCCAGCGCCAACAACUCCGACGUGAGCUCCUUCAACAUGCAGUACAGCGUCUACAGCGGCGGCGGCCACCACCACCACCCCCACCUCCAGCAGCACCCUCCUCAUCGCGGCGGCGGCGGCGGCGGUGGGGGCGCGGCGCUGCCCAAGGUGAAGACCCCCGCCGGCCACGUCUACGAGUACAUCCCGCACCCCCUGGGCCACAUGUGCAAAAACCCCAUCUACCGCUCCCGGGAAGGUAACUCGGGCGAGGAUUACAAAGACCUUCACGAGCUCAAGGUCACCUACAGCGGCCACCCCCUGCCACCCGGGGGGGGCGCGCCGCCAGCCCCGCCGCCGCCGGCGCCCGGCGGUGAGGAUGCGCCGGCGCGCAGCCCCGCGUACAGCGUGAGCACCAUCGAGCCGCGGGAGGAGCUGCUCUCGCCGGUGCAAGACGCCGAUCGCUUUUACAGGGGCAUUUUGGAGCCCGACAAACACUCCCCCUCCACGCUGGGUACACCCGGCUCCACCCUCCCCGACUACCCCAAGCUCCCCGCCGCCUACACCUACUCCCCCAACUAUGACCUUAGGCGUGCCCACCAGUACUUGCACCCGGGGCCGGGGGACGCCAGGCUCCGGGAGACGGUGCUCUACAGUCCCCCGAGUACUGUCUAUGUAGAGCCCAACAGGAACGAGUAUCUGGAGCUAAAAGCAAAACUAAACACAGAGCCGGACUACCUCGAAGUGCUGGAAAAACAGACCACAUUCAGCCAGUUCUGAGAAACAGCCCCCCCCCGGCCCCCAUCCCCUCGCCAGUCUCAGCAGCUCCUUCUCUAGAGUAUUUGUAUUUAACAACCACACGCAAAACAAAGAAGCGUAAAUGCUGACCUUCCUACACACACACACACCUCUCCCCCCUUCCUCUUUUUUCCCCCCCUUUAAUUCAUUUUAUUGUAGGGUGAAGUGCCUUGGCACAGGACUUUUCAGCUUCGGGGAAUGAUUCUGAAAGGGUGUGCUGUUCAGUCUGGUUUGGUUUUGAUUUUUUUCUGCAUUUGGAAGUCGGAAACCAACUAUUGUGUAAAAUGGGCACAACACUGCCAUUGUGUGGGUGUCCAUGUGUGUUUGGGAAAGGUGGCAGGAGGUUUCAUGGCUUCUUGUCAGGUCACAUUCAGGUCGUGCUUUUUUUUUUUUUUUUUUUUUUUUUUUUUUUUUUUUCCCCAGACAUUCUUUUAGUUUUCUCUCUGCUUGUAGAGUACGGCGCACAUUUUCCCCUUUUAGCCAUGGGUAAGUCUAAAUGGCUUUUAUGGAGAGAUUAGCACACCCCGACUUUAAUACAAGGUUUCCUUUUUUUAAGGA